GGGACGCUGGUCGUUCCGCUUUGCAACGCUGAGUUCUCGCCAAAGAACCCCUUUCCCGCAAGGCAGACAGUCGCAAGGGUAGACAACAAACUACUCGGUCCUUAGACGCGGCACCGCUGUCUUCUUUCCCUCUCCCUUUCUCUUUUGGGGAUAUACCAUCGACCCCACACACCACCGCCAACAUGGGCAUUUGCAUGAGUGCCGAGCAAAAGGCACAGCAGGCUCGUACUGCCGCCGUCGAGGCGCAGCUCGAGCGCGAUGCGCAACUGGCCUCUCGCACCAUCAAGCUCCUUCUUCUCGGCGCCGGUGAGUCGGGCAAAUCGACCCUGGUCAAGCAAAUGAAGAUUAUCCACGGCGACGGCUUUAGCAAUGAAGAGCUCAAGAGCUACAAGCCCACCAUCUGUGACAACCUCGUCCACAGCAUGCGCGCUGUUCUCGAAGCCAUGGGCCCGCUUGUCAUUGACAUUGGAGACCAGUCGAACCGCAAGCACGCCAAGGUUGUGCUCAGCUACAUUGAACUCGGCACCUCGGGCGGCCUCACCCCUGAACUCACCGAAGCCCUCAAGGCCCUUUGGGCAGACUCGGGCGUUCAAGAAUGCUUCCGCCGCUCCAACGAGUACCAGCUCAACGACUCAGCUGAAUACUUUUUCAAUAACAUUGACCGCAUUGCACAGAGCAACUACCUCCCCACCCAAGAAGACGUGCUCCGCGCCCGUGUGCGCACGACGGGCGUCAUUGAAACCACGUUCCGCUACAAAGACCUCAUUUACCGUAUGUUUGACGUCGGAGGCCAACGGUCCGAGCGUCGCAAAUGGAUCCACUGCUUCAAUGACGUCACCGCCGUGCUCUUUGUGGCCGCCCUCUCGGGUUACGACAUGAAAUUGUUCGAGGAUCAGGAGACAAACCGCAUCCACGAGUCCCUCACCCUCUUCGACGCCAUUUGCAAUAACUCGUUCUUCAUCAACACAGCCAUCAUUCUGUUCCUGAACAAGACAGAUCUCUUCUCGCAAAAGAUUGCCCGUACUCCGCUCAAGGACUACUUUCCGGAGUACGAUGGUCCUCCAAACAAUGCCUCAGAGGCCAAGAAGUUCAUUGCAGGCAUGUUCAAGCGCCUCAACAAAAACCCCAACAAGCCCGUAUAUGAGCAUUUCGUCUGCGCCACCGAGACACAGAACAUUCGCUACGUCUUUGACGCUGUCAAGACGGGCAGCCUCGGACGGCGGCAACACCACGCCAUCGUCGGUCGAAGACUCGUCCGCCUCAGCAACCAGGCCCAACACCUUCUUUGGGGCCAGGGAUGGCGGACUCAGUCGCAGCGUGCCCUUCAGCGACGCUGCCAGCGCAUGAACUGA